GUAGGCCUGCGUAAAUGAAACUGGGUGUAUGUGUGUUCUGCCGAGAAUAGUGGCCUAGCUUAGAGAAUAAAUCCAAAACAUUGGUAUAUAUUAAAAGCAGCUUGGAUCUAAUAUAUUUGUGUUAAUAAUUCACAUGGUUUCAAUAAUCUCAGAUGAGAUGUUACAAUUACUUGAAAGUGUUGUCAUUAGGAGUGAGAGUCCCGCAUUGCUUGCAAGGUCACAUAAUUUUGACAACUUGGACCUUCCGAUGAAAUGCCGUGUUUGUGGAGACAAAGCCUCAGGUUUCCACUAUGGUGUCCAUUCAUGCGAAGGAUGUAAGGGAUUUUUCCGCCGAACUCAUCGUAUGAAACUUGUGUACAAGCAGUGCCCCUUUUACAAGUCUGAACCAUGUAAAAUAAAUGUAGCGACACGUAACAAGUGCCAAUAUUGUCGCUUUCAGAAAUGUCUGACUGUUGGCAUGUCACAUGAUGCUUCAAGAUUUGGUCGGAUGCCAAGGGAGGAGCGUCUGAAGCUGAUGGAGGAAUUGAACCAAGAGGAAAACCUCGCCACAGAGGAAGACAAGAAGAAAAUUGAGCUAAGAUCAAUUACUGAUAGGAUUCAUGAAGCCUUUAAAGAAAUCUGGGUUGAAAGGUUUGCUCCAUUACCAACAGGCAGAACAACCAAAUUCAAAAUAGAAGAGGGUGACCCCAACAUAGCAAGUAAACCGAUGCGAGAACUUACACAAUUAAAUGACAUCUCAGACUUUUGUAUCGGUGCUUUGCAUACGGCUGUUGAAAGCCUUGCAAAGUUUGCAAAGAAACUGCCGGAAUUUCGAAUGCUUGAUAUCAAUGAUCAGGUAGCGCUCCUGAAACACUCCGGCUUUGAGCUUGCCAUGAUAGCGACCUCGUCGCGCUACACAGCUGAUGGACUUUGGUUUCCAACAGAUGGUGUAUAUUUUCGACGACAAGUUCUUGAAGAUUUGGAUGUAAUGUUUUUCUCAACAAAAUUUCGCUUUUUUGAAAAGAUGAACAAGUUGAAUUUAACCGACCGAGAGUUGUCUUUAUUCUGUGUACUUGCUCUUGCUGCACCAGAUCGAGAUGAUCUUGUUGAGCGUAACAGGGUUGAAAAAAUGCAAGAAACAAUUUUAGAGGCUUUACAAUUGGAACUGCGUCAAAAUCAUCCUGGCAACCCUUUGGUUCUUCCGCGACUUUUAAUCAAACUGGUAGAUUUGCGUGAACUCGUUCCGGAGCAUGUGGAACAGGUGAGACAAAUGAUGCUGAUGGAUGAUCCACGGUAUACUGGACCAACUCCACUCAUGAAGGAAAUCUAUGGAUUAUGACCUCCACUAUGAACAUGUCCCUGAUGCCAUCAUGUAAUGGUCUCCUUGAAUGUAGUCAGCAGUUGACCCAUUCAUUUCAGGAUGUGUUUCACAUGCAUCUCUAUAGCUGCCUUCAACUUUCUCACUUUCUGCAUAAUAUUUUUACAAUGACUUGAUUUAUUUUCUAAUCUAGUUUUAUAUCAGUUAAUUUAUAUGUAAAACAUUCUGUUCAACAAAAAUGUAAAUUUGUUGAUUAAUAUAGCACUGCAGUUGAGUUUGUGCAUAAUUACAUGUUGUCUUGUGUGGUAUGCUUGUCUGUGCUUCUAUAGAGUACCACAGUCGUGUCGUCACGAUGCCAGGUGGCACUCUCUAUUGUCAACAGACGUUGGUUACCGAUAAUUACGCCUGAAUGACUUCAUAGGCUUUCUGGAAUAGGCAUUUUAAAAUCUAAUAUUUUACCAUCAAAAUGUACUAAAAACACAAAAGCUUGCAUUAUAUUACUUAUAGAACACACAUUUAAUCAUCAAUUAAAAUUUACAAAGAAAAAGUAAGAUAAAACAUCUUAAUAAUUACAUUAGAAGUUGGGAUCAAUGGUGUGUUAGUGAAGAAAAAGGCGUCUGGUUGAACGCUUUUUGCAACGAUAGCAACGGAGUAGUAUCAAGUGGUAUCUUGACGUAACACUGUAGCACUCUAUUAUACUUAUUGCAUACCCAGUACUUUUCAUUCAAGCUGAGGUUAUUCUAUAAUUAUUUCUUCUAGUUCUUUAAAGGAUGUGUACAGUAUAUUAUACUGGUUUGACAUCUAUGUUAAAAGUAUAUGUAAAGUGCGCAUAAAACAAUUGAAAUUGAAUAUCUUCCACACACAGGAAUGUUACAAAUGUGUAGUAGCCAUCUACAUGGUUCUACAAGCUCUCAUUAUGGAGAAUUUGUUUCCAGUUCUCCGGUGUCAUGGCGACGCUCUAAAUUACCAUUAGUUUUAGCAUGGAGCAUUGCAGAGACACUAUGAAAAUUCUAUUCAUCUCUGUGCUCUACUGCCUCAGCUUAGCUUUCUGAUGUAAUACAUCAAAGUAUUAAAGUAUGUAAUACAUCAAAGUAUUAAAGUAAAGUGAAAAUAAAAUGGCUCCAUCCAGUAAAUAUGAUCAAUCAAUUGAUAUUGAUAUUUACUUGUUUAUAAAGUGUUUGCAGCUUCAAUGGUAGUGUCACAGACUGGAAAGGCUGACACAGUUGGUAACUGGAGUCAUGCGACCUAUUUAGAACAAUUGUAAACCAAACACAAACACAGCUCAGAAUGGAAAACUAUGGAAUCUUUCCUUGCCAUUAUUUCUCACAUUAUGAAUUGUGGUGGUGCUUUAAAACCACAACAUUACUUUAUCCUGUACUACAUUUUUCCUUAAAUGUGAUCAUUACUAGUUGGAUUUUGCCAAUGGGUUGAGCGCCAGCAUGCGGGCUGUUUGGCCUCUGCCCAGCCUCUCCGGGACAUCUUGCACAGCCCUCAGGGAGUCACGGUGAAACCUGUCUGGGAAAAAAAUUUAUCAUUUUCUAAGCGAGGUAUAUCUGGCUAUUUUCAGAAAUAAAAAUAUUUGUGAAAUAACCUAAAUUUUUUUCCGUGAUUGGGGCUGGAGUGGGUGUGGCCCAUCUGUUGGGAAUGCUUAAUAGCUGCUGGCUGCCAAUUUUGUCUAUUAGAUCAAAUAUUUAAGGCUACCUUAAUGCUUAUUCUUAUUGGAAAGGUGAAAUUUCAGUCAAACCAGCAGGUUAAUGUGAUCGUAUGGAAGAUAUUUAGCUCAUAUUUAUGGUGGAACUUACCCCUCAUCAGAUCAAGUCCCCUGUUAGCCAUGGUACAUGGACCAAGAAAUUUCUUUUUGUGCAAGUAUGUGCUAUAAUAAGGUUUCAUAUGUGUUUGAUUCAAUGACCGGGGUAAUAAUGUGAAGCGCUUAGAGUCUUUAGGCAUGAAGCGCUACAUAAGACUGACAUUAUUAUUAUUAUUAUUAUUAUGGCUUAAUUGCCCAGAUUUCUAGGCACCAGGGUCUUAUCACUUGACCCCACCAGGUCUUCUCAGACUUCACCGGUGUCAAUCAAAAUUGUCAGAACUUUGUCAAAUAGCUUAGCCCUUUUGGGAUAUCUCUAAAACCCAACAGUUAUUUUCAGAAUUACAGGGGUAUUGAUAAUUUCUUACUGCGAACAUAUAUUGUUAUUUUGCCAUGCAAAUCUCUAUAAAUAAUAAUAAAUUUGUGUACACAUCCUUCUGUACAUUUAAAAAUAAAAGAAAAUAUGUUGUUUUUUAAAAAUGAUUGGUUAUAUUUGGACGAAAAGAUGACCAUGCAGAAGAAACCUAUUUGAUUUUGGUUUGUAAAUAAUAAAAGAAUAAAUAUCAAAUAAUAGUAUUUGAGCCAAAGUAAAUUUGAAAUAAUAGUGGCUCUCAUAAUUUUCCCAACAGUGCAUAGAAAAGAAAAAUUACUACUAUACAAAUUGCUAAAUUCAUUGUAGCAUCUUCAAUAUAUUUUCCCUGUCCCUUAGCAGCCACUAAUCAGCUACAGAGACUGUUAUGUUUUGCAGCUAGUGUUUAGAAUUGUCAGAAUUAUUUUUUUUUCUUCUAAUAAGGUGAAUAAAGUUUGAAUAAAGAUUUAAUUGAAAAAAAAAACCAGAUUAAUACUCUAGUACCACAAACUUUCAUUGAGUGUCAUUAUGGUGUCAGAUUGUCAUAAAGUAUACAAAAGUUGCAUGUUUAACAGGGUCAUAUUUCAUCCAUUUUUUUAUAAUCUUAAUAUGAUCAUGAAGAGAUGUACAACAGUAUCUUAAUAUUUGAUAAUGGUAGAGAAUUCUUGUCAAAUAAUGGUACUUAUGUAGACGAUAGAAGGAAGUAUAAUUGUAUUUGAUAUUUUGUUUGUGCUUUCGUUUAAUGCCAGAAUGCUUGAAUAAGAUACUUUAAUAAUGGUGCCAAAUAUGUCUUUUUUGUAAGAUAUAAAAAUAUUUUUUAAAAGAUAUUUAGUAUACAUGUUUAUGUAUGGUGUUUGUGUUUUUUCUUUGUUUCUUUUUUUUUGGUCUUUCAUUGUACAGUAUUACAAAUGUUAACAUGUUUUAUAAGUUAAUAGAAGCAAUUUAUCAAUAAUAUUUUAGGGUGGAUCUGGGAUUACAAAAUAAGUAGAUCAGGGAUAAGGUGGCAGAUAUUGGGGGGGGGGGGAACAGCAAUACAGAGGAGUGGGACACAUUAUUUUGAGGCAAACUAAGGUUAUAUUCGGGAUUUACCCUAACCUAAUGUACAUUUUGCCUUUUGGGACCAUCGCUGGAGAACACUUGGGUUUUUUUUUAUCUGAAAUCACCAUUUGUGUACACGAGCCGUGGGUUCGCUGAAUCUUUAUUGCAAAAGAGUUGAAUUUACAAGGUAUAAACAGGGACCCUGGUAUAAAGAAAGUCUCAACAAGGUAUAAAGGUAAGACUUCCCGAGUAGGUGUCCUCAUACCUUCUUGAUCUUCAACUAGAGAUCAUGAAUUGUGUUCCCGUUCGUUCUGGAGGUACCACUAGAGGUCAUUAUGUUUUUCAAUUGAUGUCAUUAUUAGUAAUGUAGUAAAUAGCUUUAAAUAUAAAUUGUAAUUUAAAAAUAACAUAAUAGUUUCAUGACUUUUGUGAGGACAGAAUGAAUUCACUGAAAUGUUGGACAGAAGUUGAAUUCACAGAACUGGCAGCCAUGUUGUCUGCUAGGUGAUUGUCAACUUCAAUGGAAUUAAACUGUUGCACUAAUUUGUUUGCCCUUGUUGAUAUGUAGAUAUUAAACAACAGUAUUUAGUUACCUCACAAGGAGACCAAAGAUGGACAUUUUAUAUACAAGAGAUGAUUAGUUAUAUGGAUUCAUUCUUUUUUACCCAUAAAGAUAAAAUCUGCUUCAAAGAUUGUAUGUUUUAAAUAUGUUUAGUAGUUAUUAUAAUUUGACAAAUAAAUAAAGCAUUUUCACAGAUAACCAUGA